UGGGCAGUGCUACACUGGCUGAAACACUGAGGACUGACAGAGCACAAUACAGCACCAAGAGGAGAGAGAGAGAGAGAGAGAGAGAGAGGUAGAGAGACACUGAGCAACAACGACACCGCCAAGGAGACCACAGAAACACUCUUCACCCCCAACACACACACACACACACAUCUACACACACACACAAAUCCCCAACUCUGCAGAGAGAGGAGAGAAAGAAGCAGCGGACACACAAAGGCAUUCUUGGCUUUCACUUUAAAAGAAGAAGAAAAGUGAACAAUAAGUUGUGCGAGAUCAUUUACUUGAGAUACAAAUUCAAGGAGAAAGGCGUGACAGGACGGCGUCAGUCAGCGGCCAGACCCGGGUUUAUCUUCCCGAAUCGUCCCCACAUCCUCAGUGAGGAGUCGUAGCGCAGCGCUGCAUGAAGGAUAAAUCCAUCCGGGAGAAACAGGCAGAAACAGGAUGAGAGCGACUAUGAGGAUCACAUGGCUGCUGCUUUCACUCAGCUUCCUAUUUCAUAGCGUUUGUGCAGAUGAUAGUGUGGGGAAGAAUUCAAUUGUAACAACUGCACCAACUGUAAGAGAUCCAUCAAUGUCCAAGACAAAUGUAACUACUGGUGGUACACCUGGAACAGCUACAAAUGCCAGUAAGGAACAAACUACAGAGGCAAAUACAAAAUCAGCUACUGAGGUCACCACAAUUGCAGUGACUACUAAUCAACCACCAACAUCUCUCUCCUCUGCUGGAGUGAAAGGUAUCACACCUGCUGCUGGUACCUCUGGACCAACAAUGGACUUCAGUUCAGUGACAUCCCCCAGUGCCACCACAACACAGACCAAUAAUAGCUCUGGGCCAGAAGUGGGGACAACCCAACAUAAUGUGGUGACAACCCAACCCAAUACAACCCAACCCAAUGUGGCGACAACCCAAACCAAUAUAACCCAACCCAAUGUAGGGACAACCCGAUCCGAUAUGACCCAAACCAAUGUGGGGACAACCCAAACCAAUGUGGGGACAACCCAACCCAAUACAACCCAACACAAUGUGGGGACAACCCAACCCAAUACAACCCAACACAAUGUGGGGACAAUUCAACACAAUGUGGGGACAAUUCAACACAAUGCGGGGACAACUCAACCCAUUGUGGGGACAAAUCAACCCAGUUCCCAUAUACCACAGCAACAGUCUACAGCUCAUUCCAUCUUUGCUUCUAAGAUGAGUACUGGAGUUGAAGGUGCUAAGCCGAACGCUGUGACACAACUGAUGCCAGGUGAAAACACGGUGACCCACAGCACCCCCUCUACCCUCACCAAGGCAGGACCAACAGCAACAGAGACCAAAGCCUCAGAUACCAAAGCUGAAACCAGGUCUCCGCAAACCACCUCCACACUCAAACCAAAGCUCCAUACCUCCACCAAAACCACCACUGAUGCUCCGCAGCACACAGUUUUGUAUUCGCUGAACAGCCACCUAGAGAUAAAACCAGAAGAAAAAGAUAUGGUGGAGGUGUGCAGACGGCUGAUGGCGAAUAUGGAAGAAGGGAACUGCACCCUGACAUGGCAUCCCCAUAACGGUCAAACAAAGUUCGACUAUGUGGCGAUAAAUGGCAAAGUGAAAACCAACCUGGCAACCAAGGUAUAUGAAGACAUCACCAAGAAACCGACAGAUAACAAAACGCUGAUAGCAGUCCUGGCCUCCUGCGGAGCUCUGCUGAUCAUGAUCGUCAUCCUGGCGGUAUGUGCCUCUCACCACCGCAAGCCGUACAAUGAGAACCAGCAACACCUGACGGAAGAGCUGCACACGGUGGAGAACGGUUACCACGACAACCCCACGCUGGAGGUGAUGGAGGUGCAACCGGAGAUGCAGGAGAAGAAGAUGGCGCUGAACGGGGAGUUUAACGACAGCUGGAUCGUCCCCAUUGACAACCUGCUGAAGGAGGACAUACCGGACGAGGAGGACACUCACCUGUAGAGACCGGGGACAGAGGAGACGAGGAAGGAAGAAGGUGACAGGACCUGCCUAGGUCCAGCUGCACCAAAACAAACAAAAGACUCCACACUUCCACACAAUGCCAGCCUUGCCCACUCACCUUACACUCCUGACCCUGGGAUUCUUGUCCCUGUAGCCAGAGAAGACCUUCAAACAAA